GAGCCAUCGUCACCAUUUUCAUUCAGCAAAAGAAAACAACAAAUAGAAACAGUUUUUUGUAUUAGAAAGCUUUCACUACCAGCAGAACCUUCAAUCUCGACCUCAGUCUCUUUUCACGCACAAUAUAUAGCUACUUUUUGGUACUGAACUAGAUCUGACAAUGGCGAAGAAAAAUGGCAAUGAUGUUGCUCAUAGAGCAUGGAACAUCCUGCGCCUAGCACUGUUGUGGGCAAGAAAAGGUGGUGUUUUCAAGAGGCGUUUGAUAAUGGAUCAUCUACGAGUUGUGCGUAAGUUUCUUAAAAGCCUGGGACAACAUUCUCCUAGCAGGCGCCAGCUCCAUUAUGGAGAGCACGAACUCUCCUUCGACAAGACCCCCAUUUUCCACGUCAAGAUGCAUCGCCCAGCCUCCAUGCGAUUCAACAUCCCUUGCAUAACCCCACGGGUUGACUUUGACUACGAUUUUGAUCAUGAAGUUUGUGACGAUGGUAUGCAGCAAGAUGGAUCAGUUUACGAGUGCUAUGAUGGAAUGAGGAGGAGUUUCUUAUUAAAAGGUGGAGAUGAAGAAGAUUACGAGACUUGUGAAGAGAAGAUUCCAGCAGAGGAAGAAGGGAUUGAUAUGAGAGCGGAGGAGUUCAUAGCUAAGUUCCGCCAGCAGAUGAGGCUUCAAAGACAGAUCUCGUAUCUACAGUACCAUGAAACACCCAAGAAAGGAACAAGGGGAUGAUCCCAGACAUCCACUGUCUUCUGAAUAGUUCUCUACAACGUUUUUGGUUGCCUUUGUUGUUAGCGGAUUUAGCAGUUUCAAGACUUUUUUUCUUUUUUGUGAAAGAGGCGUUGCUGCAUUGUGUAGAUACCGGAAACUUCCAUUGAUUUUUGAAUAAUUAUGGUUGUAUC